CCGCUCCUGUCUCAGCUCCGACCUCUUCCCAGUUCUCUGUCAAUGUUAGAUUCUAUCCCCUUGUUGUUUUUAUUCUUUUGUUGCGUGGAAAGAUAAAUGUUUCUUUCUUUGUUCUCCAAUCAAGGCAGAGACCUUCCUCCUGGAGGCACGGAUCGGCUCAGCUUGAAUACUCCUCUCCUGCUGUAGUGUUGCCACUGUUUUGAAACGAUUGUCAUGCAGAGAGAAAAGGGAAGAAAUCUGGUAAAUAAAUUGUUUACAUCUCACACACCCUCCUUCAAGGUUAAAUAAAGGGAUUUAUUAACCAGGCAGAGGGGAGCUGUCAGGGUGCAGAGCAUCCCGUAUUGCAGAGUCCCAUGCACCUGCAGCUGGAUGUCUGGGGGCUUUUCUGUUAAAUUAAAUUACCUGUCCAGCUAAAUGUGCUGCAACUCAGAGCAAUACUCUCUGUAUAUGGACGUUGUCAGGUUUUAGCUGAAUAGAUUAUCUCUGAACACUUGAUAUAAUCCUGCAAACAGAGUUUCUACACUAACACACACCCUGUUAUCAGUCAUUAAAUGACUCUCUCCUCGCUCUGUAUAUUGUGUAAUAUAUAUACAGGGGGACUCUCCCUUCGCUCUGCAUAUUGCGUAAUAUAGAUACAGGAGGGACUCUCUCCUCGCUCUGUAUAUUGUGUAAUAUAGAUACAGGGGGGGCUCUCUCCUCGCUCUGUAUAUUGUGUAAUAUAGAUACAGGGGGGACUCUCUCCUCGCUCUGUAUAUUGUGUAAUAUAGAUACAGGGGGGACUCUCUCCUCGCUCUGUAUAUUGUGUAAUAUAGAUACAGGGGGGACUCUCUCCUCGCUCUGUAUAUUGUGUAAUAUAGAUACAGGGGGACUCUCUCCUCGCUCUGUAUAUUGUGUAAUAUAGAUACAGGGGGGACUCUCUCCUCGCUCUGUAUAUUGUGUAAUAUAGAUACAGGGGGGACUCUCUCCUCGCUCUGUAUAUUGUGUAAUAUAGAUACAGGGGGGACUCUCUCCUCGCUCUGUAUAUUGUGUAAUAUAGAUACAGGGGGGACUCUCUCCUCGCUCUGUAUAUUGUGUAAUAUAGAUACAGGGGGACUCUCUCCUCGCUCUGUAUAUUGUGUAAUAUAGAUACAGGGGGGUCUCUCUCCUCGCUCUGUAUAUUGUGUAAUAUAGAUACAGGGGGGACUCUCUCCUCGCUCUGUAUAUUGUGUAAUAUAGAUACAGGGGGACUCUCCCUUCGCUCUGCAUAUUGCGUAAUAUAGAUACAGGGGGGACUCUCUCCUCGCUCUGUAUAUUGUGUAAUAUAGAUACAGGGGGACUCUCCCUCGCUCUGUGUAAUAUAGAUCCCAUAGAUACAGGGGGGGCUCUCCUCGCCAUAUCUGUAUAUUGUAAUAGAUAGGGAUACAGAUACAGGGGGACUCUCUCCUCGCUCUGUAUAUUGUGUAAUAUAGAUACAGGGGGACUCGCUCUGUAUAUUGUGUAAUAUAGAUACAGGGGGACUCUCCCUUCGCUCUGCAUAUUGCGUAAUAUAGAUACAGGGGGGGCUCUCUCCUCGCUCUGUAUAUUGUGUAAUAUAGAUACAGGGGGGGCUCUCUCCUCGCUCUGUAUAUUGUGUAAUAUAGAUACAGGGGGGACUCUCUCCUCGCUCUGUAUAUUGUGUAAUAUAGAUACAGGGGGGACUCUCUCCUCGCUCUGUAUAUUGUGUAAUAUAGAUACAGGGGGGACUCUCUCCUCGCUCUGUAUAUUGUGUAAUAUAGAUACAGGGGGGACUCUCUCCUCGCUCUGCAUAUUGUGUAAUAUAGAUACAGGGGGGACUCUCUCCUCGCUCUGCAUAUUGUGUAAUAUAGAUACAGGGGGGACUCUCUCCUCGCUCUGUAUAUUGUGUAAUACAUAAUAUACAUAGAAUUUGUAAGGUGAUUAUUUUCCUGUAUUGUAAUUGAUUGGUCGCUGUUUAUUGGAAUGUUUUUGUUACAUUCAGGGUUAACAUCCCAGGGGGGUUAUAGAAGCUCCACCCACAAGCAAUACAGCUGCUGUGAGCUCCGCCUCUAUCAGGAAGUGAAUACACCAUGGAUUCCAAGCGGCAGAGCCAUGUGACUCUGUGCUCCCUGAGACAUGAUGGUCAGCGCUACCUGUGCCAUGGCCGGCAGCAGAGCCAAGAGACUGGCAGCUUGGACUUAUUGUAAGCUGGGGCAUUGUGUAUCACUGUGUCUCUGUCUCUCUGUUUGGGGCAGGGGAAUGUCUGCUAACAUGGGUUUCUGUAUAUGAAAGUAUGUCUGCAUGUGCAGCUACCUCUCAGUGGGUGUCUGUGGUUAUGUGUGGUUUGUCUGCUUCUUAGUAUGUAGUGUGUCUGUGUCUCGGUAUUUGUGUUGUUGCUUUGUGUAUUUCCAUCUCAGUAUCUCAGGGUCUGUUUGUGGCUCUGUGUGUCUGUCUGUGGCUCUGUGUGUCGGUGUCUCCAUAAGGUAAUCCUUGCCUCUGUGUGUGUUUGUGUCUUUGUCUUAGUAUCGAAGUGUCUCUCUGUGACUUUCUGUAUGUGCGUUGUAGCUCUGCGUGUUUGCUCUAUGUUUUUGACUGUGUCUCUAAGGUAGUGUUUGCCUCUGUGCGUGUGUGUGCCAUCAGGCUGUGAAGUGCAUCCCUCCUGCAUACAUUUGUUUACCCCUCUUCAUGGCAUGCAAACAGGAAACGGUUUGCUCUGUUUUGUGACACUGUGACUGUCUUGUACUGGGACACUAAGGAUGUGGUCUCUUAUGGUGCUCUGAGACUACAGCUGUCAUAAUUCCAUUUGGUGAGGGAUUAUGGGUUUUAAUGCUAAGUAGUAUGUGAGCAGCACUUUAGUAAUAAGGGAUUGUUGCUUCCAUCGAGCUCACUGUCUCACUCCUAUCUCCAGGAGGUCUCCCAUACUACCAGUUAUAUCCUCACUGUCUCUCACUCCAGUUUCCAAGGGGUCUCCCAUGUUGUGCCACCUUAGAAUCCUGUCUUCAUGCAAUCCCUAUACAUUGGAGUUUAUUAUAAUUUAUAUGAGAUUGUAAUUAAUUGCAGAAUUCACGCUAAAAUAGUCAAACUGUGACUGUAACAAUUUUUCCAAAAAUACAGGGAGUGCAGAAUUAUUAGGCAAAUGAGUAUUUUGACCACAUCAUCCUCUUUAUGCAUGUUGUCUUAUUCCAAGCUGUAUAGGCUCGAAAGCCUACUACCAAUUAAGCAUAUUAGGUGAUGUGCAUCUCUGUAAUGAGAAGGGGUGUGGUCUAAUGACAUCAACACCCUAUAUCAGGUGUGCAUAAUUAUUAGGCAACUUCCUUUCCUUUGGCAAAAUGGGUCAAAAGAAGGACUUGACAGGCUCAGAAAAGUCAAAAAUAGUGAGAUAUCUUGCAGAGGGAUGCAGCACUCUUAAAAUUGCAAAGCUUCUGAAGCGUGAUCAUCGAACAAUCAAGCGUUUCAUUCAAAAUAGUCAACAGGGUCGCAAGAAGCGUGUGGAAAAACCAAGGCGCAAAAUAACUGCCCAUGAACUGAGAAAAGUCAAGCGUGCAGCUGCCACGAUGCCACUUGCCACCAGUUUGGCCAUAUUUCAGAGCUGCAACAUCACUGGAGUGCCCAAAAGCACAAGGUGUGCAAUACUCAGAGACAUGGCCAAGGUAAGAAAGGCUGAAAGACGACCACCACUGAACAAGACACACAAGCUGAAACGUCAAGACUGGGCCAAGAAAUAUCUCAAGACUGAUUUUUCUAAGGUUUUAUGGACUGAUGAAAUGAGAGUGAGUCUUGAUGGGCCAGAUGGAUGGGCCCGUGGCUGGAUUGGUAAAGGGCAGAGAGCUCCAGUCCGACUCAGACGCCAGCAAGGUGGAGGUGGAGUACUGGUUUGGGCUGGUAUCAUCAAAGAUGAGCUUGUGGGGCCUUUUCGGGUUGAGGAUGGAGUCAAGCUCAACUCCCAGUCCUACUGCCAGUUCCUGGAAGACACCUUCUUCAAGCAGUGGUACAGGAAGAAGUCUGCAUCCUUCAAGAAAAACAUGAUUUUCAUGCAGGACAAUGCUCCAUCACACGCGUCCAAGUACUCCACAGCGUGGCUGGCAAGAAAGGGUAUAAAAGAAGAAAAUCUAAUGACAUGGCCUCCUUGUUCACCUGAUCUGAACCCCAUUGAGAACCUGUGGUCCAUCAUCAAAUGUGAGAUUUACAAGGAGGGAAAACAGUACACCUCUCUGAACAGUGUCUGGGAGGCUGUGGUUGCUGCUGCACGCAAUGUUGAUGGUGAACAGAUCAAAACACUGACAGAAUCCAUGGAUGGCAGGCUUUUGAGUGUCCUUGCAAAGAAAGGUGGCUAUAUUGGUCACUGAUUUGUUUUUGUUUUGUUUUUGAAUGUCAGAAAUGUAUAUUUGUGAAUGUUGAGAUGUUAUAUUGGUUUCACUGGUAAUAAUAAAUAAUUGAAAUGGGUAUAUAUUUGUUUUUUGUUAAGUUGCCUAAUAAUUAUGCACAGUAAUAGUCACCUGCACACACAGAUAUCCCCCUAACAUAGCUAUAACUAAAAACAAACUAAAAACUACUUCCAAAAAUAUUCAGCUUUGAUAUUGAGUUUGUUGGGUUCAUUGAGAACAUGGUUGUUGUUCAAUAAUAAAAUUAAUCCUCAAAAAUACAACUUGCCUAAUAAUUCUGCACUCCCUGUAUAUAUAUUUUUUUUUUACCUAAGUUUUGCAAUUCAGUUUCCAACUCCCUACAAUUCUGUGCUUAGUGAAUAAACUGCUCUAGUUUCCCUUACCAUUCUGCACAGCUUCAAACACUCUCUAAAAUCCCACCAAUUAAUAGACACCAACCUCUAACCCACUAUCUGUCUCCAUAGAGGUUCUGGAUCUUUCCAAAUCUAUGUGGCACCGACUGUUGGAGAACACUGACCGCACACAAAAACAUAAUGUCUUGUCCUUCACUUGGUCUCCUUAUACAUCUAUUUAGUAUUUCACAUGGACUGUAACUGGGUUAUCUCAUAUCACUACAAAUCUUCCAUCACAUCCUUCUGUUUAUCGCCUCCUGCCAUGUAGUAACUUGAGACAGCAGUAAGUCAUGUCUUGUUUAUUGUGCGCCAACUUGUCUGUAAUCCUGCUUUAGUGUAUGACAUUCUGGAUGUUGCUUGUGCUUUGUUGAAGCAAAUCCUCUUUUACUGUGAAAUGUUUUCUGAGAGAUGACGUGUCAUAGACAUUCCUGAAAUAUGUCUCUUUUGGGGCGCACAGCAUUAUUUGUGAUUUGGUUAAAUAACUUUCAUUAUCUUCUUCUUUCAGUGUAACGAACGGUAUUGAUGUUUGGAAAGCGGAUGUGACAAAGGAGGCCCAGGAACAGUGGGUAAGGAUCAAACAACCUUAAAAGCCGUCCGCCACGUACCCCGAGCUCCCUGUGUAAAUGGCUGUAGUAGAAAACAUAUUAGAUAUGAGAUUGCAUGUAGGCAAUUUGCUCUUAAAUUUCCAUUUUGCAAGAUUCAAAUUCCUUAGCCGAGUCCAUAGAAAGUUUUAAUUGUGUACUAGAGAUAAUUACCAAAUCAUGUGUCCGCUACGGUCUUCGUAGAAUUAACCCCCAAUAUUUUUUACUUAUUUACAGGCUGAUUUUCCAUUUUAAAGGAAUGUCCCUAUACCAUCUGAAAGUUUUUAUAAAUAUUUUUACAGGGUUGUCCACUAAAGUUCGAAAAUAAUACAUCUUCACCCAUGGAGGGCUCACCGCAGAAUGAGUGCUUCUAACUAUGACCGGUUUCACAAAGCGUGCAAAUAUUUCCCACACUUUGCAAUAUGACCAAGAGCUCUCUGAUUGGCUAGUUAACCAACCGUUCUUAGUGCUCUGACAACCAAGUGUUCGUCCUCCCCCCCGAUUUUUCACAGGUGAUGGGGCCUUUUCUAGUCACUAGGUUUUUAAUGUUUAGUAGGCUGAUUAGAUUUUUAAACCUCCCUUAUAGUAAUAUGGGGAUCUUAGAAAUCCCUACAGGAUUCUACUUUAUUUUAUUUUUUUAUGUGGAAACUGGCUAGUAAUUCUUUGUGAAUUCUUUGGCGCGCGCGCACACACACACACACACACGUACACAAACCUUGACACUCAGACACACAUACACUCUCACUGAAAAACACACAUAUACUCUUUUACAGACACACAUUCAAACAUAUACACUCUCACUGGCAAGAACAGAUACAUUCUCACUGACAAAGACAUUCACUCUCACUGACAAACACACAAAUACUCUUUGACAGACACACAAACACAAACUCCCUAACAGACACCAACUUUUUACAUUUUUCUCCACCCAGCCCCCCUACCUUUAGGGUUCAGUGGGGCUGCUGGGCGGUUGGCGAGUGGUCCCUGGGGUCCAGUAGGGGGCUGGUGAAUGGUCCCUGGGGUCCAGUGGGGCUGCUGGCGUGCGGGCGUCGAGGGAGCAGUGAUCUCCCUGCUCCGCUCCGUCGCGCGCCUCUUCGUGAUGCCGGAGCCAGAGAGACGUCAUAUGACAGCCCCAGCAUCACUAAUGUGCGCGCAAGGUCGCUGAGCAAGGAGAUCACUGCUCCCUCGCCGCCCGCGGCCUUUUUUAAAUUAUUUUUUUACUUUUGACAGAACCCCAGUUGGUGUUCCGCGAGCCCCAGUUCCGCGGAACACCAAUUGGGAAAUGCUGUUCUAAAGCAUUCAUAACUACCUCCACCCCUGAUACCAUCAUGCCCAUCCAAUAUCUAACGUCAGGAUGCCUUGGGCAGUAACACAUUCGAUAUAUAAAUACAAUACUCAUACAACAGUUUGCAGUUAUGUUUUCUCUUUUACCACUAGAGGGUGGUAUGACCUCAUCAAGCAGAGAGACUGAUCAGUUUUCAAAUGGUAUAUUUUGGAGCCAACAUAUUCAGUAGCGCUGAUAUUAAUCUGUCGCUAACUACUGAAAAUGCAUGUUCUUUGGGACAGGAAAGUCAUUUUCAGUCCAUUAGAAUUCAUUUUAUCAAACACCAUUGUGAUAGUCUGAGUUUUUGUAAUUAACAUAAAAUAUUUUAUGGUGCUUCCAAAAUAAGAAAGCGGAGGACUGGCUACGAUAAAGGCAUUAAUGAUGUAUUUUUAUGCUUUCAGAACACUGCCAGCACUUUGAGCAAUUCCUCGGACGGCUUAGAAAGCCUUCGGUAAGGAGUCUGGUUCAGACUGCAAGGCAUGUUAUGGCUGCAUGUUGACCAUCACUAAUUAGAUUAAUCUAAUGCCAUAAUCAUAAUCAAUUUUUUUCUUUGCUUGUUCUUUUAUAUUUUAUUCCCUUAAACUUUUCACUGUUUCUUCAGCAUCGAUUAAAAACAAAUCGUACCCCUUACCCCAUUUUCCUUCCUCUUACCCCAAGUGCUCAGAGAUAUCUGCCUUAUGUUUGGUCGAUUAACGCAGCGUAUGCUCAUAUUCUGGUUUGUGAUUUCUCUUAGUGAAGUGUUGGGGCGCACGCCCCCUCUCCUGGACGUACAAGGCAGCCUGGUUACCCUGACCCUCCAGUUGAUUUCUGGGAAUGUGAUUCUUGACCUUUUCAAGUUGCCUAUCUCAGAGACGAGGAUGCACCUUCAGACCCUGGUUUUCAGUUUGGCCGAUCAGUUGACCGAUAUGGAGAAGCUACAGAGAGGUAAAGGUCUGGUCAGGGUCUGCCAAAACUGGGAAUUGUGGAGAAAAGAUGAGGGAACUGGAGAGUCUUCUAAUUUUGUAUGGGCUAUUUUGACCUGUUCUUUGCCAGUUUUCCACUAUCACAAGUAAGUUGUCAGCCUGCGUGCCCCGGGCCAGAUGCGGUAGCUACGCUGCUGAUUCUAACAAUUACUCCUGCAGUCCUAAUCAUUGUAGGUGUAGCAGUAAUAAUGAUGUAUUCUUACUCUUCUACCAGCAGAGGGCAGUGUCACCACAUCAGUCAGCCCUGUGAAGCCAGCUCUCCGUAAUAACUUCAUGCAUAUUCCAGGUAAGUCUCUCACCCAUUGGCUAAUCCGUCUAGCUGCAUGGGUGUGUAUUUCUUAUAUGCAAAUGAGCACAGACAGUGUGUUUCACUGAAUUCCCAACUCAACAUUCAAAUGAGCACAGACGGGCAUCAUGAUUUUUAAAAAGCUGUAUUUAAAACAGUGUUCAUUGCUAACGGCAUCUGGUGAAAUUCAGAAUGUGAAUUCUGAAACAGAAUGCCUGCCUGGGCUCAUUUGCAUGUCAAGCUGAGAACUGUGGGAAUGUUGUGGAAAUAUAAUUUCUCGAGUUUCUGUACCCAAGGAGGUUUUUGAAUACCUCAAAUAUUAAAGGAACACUAUAGGGUCAGAAAUACAAACAUGUAUUCCUGACCACAUAGUGUUAAAACCACCAUUUAGGUGGCUUGCCAUCCCCCUUAAAAGGGGUUAAAACUCACCUUAUAUCCAGUGCCGCGCUGGCCCCGCCCCAAUUGAUCUCCGUGGUGACAUCGGAAUUUAAUGCUUUGGAUUGGCUGAAGGAGUCAGGAUGGGAUGGGGCCAAAAGCCAUUUUUUAUCAAUGCAUCUCUAUGAGGAAAAUACAGAGUUUACAUGCAGAGGGUGGAGACACUGAACGGCAAUCACACUGUGCAGCACUGCCCCAGGAAGUGGUCAUCUGAGGACCGGCCACGGGAGGUAUCCCUAGGGGGCAAUGUUUUUCUUUUCUCUGAAAAGACAGUGUUUGCAUGAAAAUCCCUAAAGGUAAUGAUUCUACUCACCAAAUCAAAUACAAUAAGCUGUAGUUGUUCUGGUGACUAUAUAGUGUUCCUUUAAAAACUCCGAAGUGUUCCAUGAAUGGAUCUUGAACUCUGAGAUGGUAUUAUUUUGCACCAAUACAUCGUUCACCAUACACUACCAAUCUUAUUUAAGUUUACAUGUGUUUUUUUUUUUUUGUUUUGUUUUUUUAUGACUAGGCAUUGGUAUUGGGGUUCUUACUAGUGAUUCUUAGGGAAGCAUGGGACAUAAGUCUGUCCAUGAUCAGUGGGAGUUACACUAGUGGGCAGCAGGUACUACUUGCAUCUGCUGAUGGUUAUUCAGCCCCAAGUAACAAAGCUCUGCAGAACCCAAGGUCAGUGGCAGAACCCGUCACUUAAGGGGGCCCGGCUGCCCUACAGCAACCGCGUGUCCCGCAGGCUAAAUAAUGAUGCCCUAGCCUGCACGGCUUAACUGCCAGGGGCCGCAUUGAAUGGGGCCCAUCGGGUGGCCCAUGCUGUUAGGGCCACUUGAUGCUAUGUAUUUCCAGGGGGCCCGAUCAGCGCUUUAACAGCGCAACCGGGCCCCCUCUGAUGUCAGAAGCUUUGAGAAAGUGACUGCCCUGGUCACUUCAUCCCAGCAACAAGCAGGAGCUGCGCGGGAGGAAGGAGAGGAAGGAGUCAGUGGAAACUCUGACUCCCAUCAGGCUGAGCCACUGGACCCCAGGGAAAGUUGUGUGUACGUCUGUAUGUGUAUCUGUUUGCAUGUGUGAGGGGGCUGGAACAUAUGGGAGGGGGGUGGUAGACUUACGGGGAAGGGUGGGGGGGAUAGAAGUACAGGGGCACCAAUGCAAUUUUUGCAUUGGUGCCCCGUGGUUUCUAGUUCCGCCUCUGCCCAUGGUGAUGAUAGUAUAAACACUAACUAUAGUGUAUUAAAAUGCAUUUUCUGAAGAAAACUAAAUCUAAAGUUUAGAGACAGGAGAGUUGUCUAUAAACCAGGGGAAGCCGAGCAGUUCAUAAUCUCUUAAAACUUGAUACGUGAUUAUGGAAUCAAAUGUUGUUAAUUGUGUGUUUCAUAAUUAAAUUGAGUCUAUCGGAGUAUCACUCCGUUGCUGUAUGUGAAUUGCUUUCAAUGAAUCAAUUUUCUCCAACUCCCUAGUAAACUGAAUUUCGUGCAUGUGUCUCCAGGCCAGCAUACAGCACUGACCAUAGAGGUAUAUAUUCUGUAUAGAUAUUACUCCCUAUGUGACAUUAGCAUCUUGUUUUCCACCGUUCAGAUGUAGAGGUGCGGCGGAGAUGUUAUGGUGUCCCCACCAAGAAGAGAUUGCCGGGGGAGUCAUUGGUCAACCCUGGAUGCAAAAGGUAUGUUUCGACACUUCCUGUUUUGCCAGAUGUCCUUACCUUACAUUGCCGGUGGCAAUGCAUUCACUUUACACCUUAUUUUAUUCCAGCAAAAAGGCUGCCACAGGGGUGGAUUUUGAUGAAUCGUGAUAAUCACAAGAACACCUGAAUAUCAGACCUCAUAAUGUAUUCUGAAGAUCUCAAAGCAGCAGCGCCACCUACUGACUACUCAAUUGUCAGACGUUUCUGUAAGAUAAGUGCUAGACUCUACUCCAAUGCUGCUAGCUGUGUGUGAUGUGUGUGUGUGUGGGAUCCCUGCGCUGUAGGCACAAUGCUAGAUGAGGUGCCUGGUUUGCAGUCUGUUGCCGUCCAAGACAUUUGUUCACACGGAGUGUAACAUGAAAGGCUUGCCUCCUCUGUAAGCCCUGGGGCGAGUAACUGUGAAGCAGAGCAUCACAUAGCGUGUUUUUAAGAUAUUCGCAAACUGUUUUUAAUUUAAUUUUUUUUUUUAAAAGGUGCAGUACGUUUUGUAUACUUUUAUGGAAGUCCUUGUACCCGAUUUUGCAUUAUUAAAAGCCAUUUAUAUGUC